AAGUAUAAAAUGUAUCUUUACAGGCAAGAGUGAUAUUUCAAUCCAUCCCUCUCAACUAAAAUUCAGAAAUACUCAUACUACAUUUUUUGUGCAUCAAAAUCCUUUCCAGAUCACAAAUGGGUAGAACAAAACCAUGUCUUUUCAUUUUUCUUCUAACGAUUGUUAUACUGCAAAACUCAACCAUCGCAAUGAAUCCCAAAGGGUUUACUUUGCGGAUGAUUCACAAAGACUCUGAAGAAUCACCCUUUUUCAACCCUCUUGAUCAUUCGAUCACGCAAGAUGAAAGAUUUCAAACCCUCAUCGACCAAUCCAGAGCUCGAGCACGACACAUUGCUUCACAAAUAAAUCCUGAUGUUUAUGCGUCGGUGGUUUACGAAGAUACAUAUUACUACGCUGCGUCUAUGGGUAUAGGUACAUUUCCUGGUGUGCCAGGAAUCAUGAAAUACUAUUUGUUGAUUGAUUCAGCUAGUGAUAUUACUUGGCUUCAAUGCGAAGGUGCGACACAAAUUUUCAAUCAAGAUUCGCCUCUUUAUCCCUGGAGGAGUUCAACAUCAUAUCAUCCUAUUCCUUGUCGGGAUCCUAGUCCUGGCUGCCAAAGUUGCAAUGAAGAGGGCCAAUGUGAUUACACAUUAACUUAUGCGGGUUCUCAAGUCACAUAUGGUGUUUUUGCCCAAGAAAAAUUCACUUUACCCUCAAGAACUAGGGGCGUUGAAAGUUUUCAACUAAUUAUGGGCUGUAGUUUACGCCAAGCAAAUUUUACCUUUGGUAUCGGCGGUAGAAAUGGUAUCGCAGGAAUUCUUGGUUUAGGAAGAGGUGAAUUCUCUGUUGCAGACCAAUUAGGCAAUGGUAAAUUUUCCUACUGCUUUGAGAAAUAUAGAGGGCGUAUGAUAGGAAACACAUUUUUAAGUUUUGGUGCAGAUGCGACGAUUGAAGGCCAAGUUAUCAGAACUCCUAUAGUACGAACCAGCUUCGAGACACCGUAUUAUUACUUGAAUCUUGAGGGUAUCAGCGUGGGUGGUGCUAGAGUGCAAAUUCCAAGAAGAGAAUUACAGAUUAACAACGAUCAAACUGGCGGCUGCGUCAUAGAUUCGGGGGCUCCACUUACCACCAUGUAUAGAAACAUUUUUGAUAGAGUUGCCGCGUCUGUUGACUUAUAUUUUGAGCGAUUUGGCUGCAGAUUUUGUUGUUUCAGACACUCGGAAUGUUUGGUUUGUGAGGGAAGGAAAUAUUUGUUUAGCUAUCACUAGAUCGGAUUCUAAUACGCCGGCUGUGCUUUUUGGAGCAUAUCAACAGAUUAAUAAGAGGAUUUUGUAUAAUACUGGUCAAAUGUCGCUCUCAUUCGCUGAUGAGAACUGCGGAAGAAGACCAAGAGGUUGAUGAACUCACAGUUUAAGGCGUUUUAGCGGGCUGAUGGGUUCUUCUAAUCAUGAAUAAAUAAUACAUGUUCAUCUAAUCAUAAACAAGUAUUUAUUUUAUUUCUUAAGCCUUUUGUCUUCCAAUCAGGGGCGUAACCACAUUAUUAUUUUUUUUCAAUUUUGACGUGUGAUUCUUACACUUAAGCCAGGAUAAGGAAAGGGUUCCGCCACUCCUGCUAAUAAUGAUUUUGAAAAUGUCAUUAUUUGAAAAAUUCAUUAUUUGAACCAUGCGCCCG